AAUACACGUUUCAUUCAACAAGCAGAAAAGUUAUUUAUAUCCUCAGCAUCUUGAGGUUGUGAUUCUCGAGUGCGCAGCGAAAGGAAUGCUGCCCAUUGGACUGAUGUGGAUGGAUUGCACCCAUCACAAAAGCGAAGACUCAUAAGCUAUGGUGUCAGAGUGUAAUACUCUAGUCCGAAACGAAUCAAAAGUGGAAAGCAGAAUUUGGAAUUUAGUUGCGACCAAAAAAGGAAUAUUCUGCGAGAUCCUCGCAAAGUGUGCGUUGUUGCAUUUAUUUGCACGUUUGCGAUUUUAUUGAGAUAAUCACUAUUAGUUACUCCAAGAAUGGCAACCCUGUCUUCUCUCCAGGGCUUUGGGUUGUUGUAGUUGCGUUUCACCACCGAGGGACAGACCUGUGACGAUCUGCAAGAUGGCAGACAUCCUGGAGCUGCGGACCGACGGCAACUCUCUGCUUAAGGCCGUGUGGCUCCAGCGCCUUCGGCUCACUAGGCUCCUGCUGGAGGGGGGGGCCUACAUCAACGAGAGCAACGAGCGUGGGGAGACACCGCUCAUGGUCGCCUGCAUGUCCAAACACGUCGACCAGCAGAGCGUGAGCAAGGCCAAGCUGGUGAAGUACCUGCUGGACAACAACGCCGACCCCAACAUACAGGACAAGGCGGGCAAGACGGCGCUGAUGCACGCCUGCAUCCAGAGGGCCGGCCACGAGGUGGUGGCCCACCUGCUGAGCAACGGGGCCGACCCCAGCCUGGGGGACCGUGCCGGGGCCUCGGCUCUCGUAUACGCCAUCAACGCUGACGAUAAGGAGACGCUCAAGCUGCUGCUGGACACGUGCAAGGCAAAGGGGAAGGAGGUCAUCAUCAUCACCACGGACAAGUCGCCGUCCGGCGCCAAAAACACCAAGCAGUACCUCAACGUGCCGCCCUCGCCAGAGCUGGGCUCCUCCCUGUACUGUACCUCCCCCUCCGACAUCCACGUGAUCGCCUGUCCCACGCCGCACCCCGCCGAGGGGGAGCAGCAGAACACGGUGGUCAGCUUCCAGACCAAGCUCAAGGUCUCCAGCUCGGCGGCCAAGCUCGCUAACGGCGUGCCCGCCUCGCCAACGCGCCGGCCCGCUAACCCCAAGCGAGCGCGCCUGCCCCAGCUGAAGAGGCUCCAGUCAGAGCCCUGGGGCCUCAUCGCCCCCUCCGUCCUCGCGGCCGCUGCUACCGCCGCCGCGGCUGCGGCCGCGUCUUCCCCUUCUGCGUCCCACGACGACAGCAGGCGCGCCACCUCCAACGAAGAGCUGGUGACGGGGCUGAACGGCCUCGCCCUCCUGAGCAAACGGUCGUCGCUGUCCCGACAGAACAGCGUUGACGGCAAAGAAUGCCUGUUCCCGUCCGUGAGCGAUCCCCCGUGCAAGAUGACAACCUCCAUCUCCGUCCCGCCAACCUCCAAAAUGGCGUACGACCUGGCCAUGAACCAGCAUCAGACCCUGAACCAGGCUCUGAACCAUCACCAGCCCCUGGCUCGUCGGAGCACCGGGCCCCCCGAGCAAGACUGCUGUGGGGGCAGCACCGGCGGCCCGGUCAGUCUGAGGGACACGUUGGUGCACAGGAGGCGCCUAGGCAACACCGACUACUAUGACUCAGACUCCCAGCUGUACUCGGACUCGGCCACGCAGGACACUCCGCAGGUCCCGCUGGAGCGGAGGAAGCUCAACAUGUCCCCGCUGGCCCUGCUCACCAGCUCCAGGGAGUCGCUGGACAGCAACGCCAGCCUCUCCUCGCCCGGGCUGGCGCGCCGGCGGGCACCGGGCCUGCUUGAGAGGCGUGGCUCAGGCACUCUGCUGCUGGACCACAUCUCCCACACCAGGCCCGGGUACCUGCCCCCGCUCAACAUCAACCCUAACCCGCCCAUCCCGGACAUCGGGGCCAGCAGUAAGCCCUCUUCACCGAUGGCACCGGGCAUCAGGGCUGUAGCUCCGCCCAGCACCCCGAAAAGAGUGGGUCUCAAGCCCAAGAAGAAGCUGAUCCGGAGGCACUCUAUGCAAGUGGAGCAGAUGAAGCAGCUUUCGGAUUUUGAGGAGCUGGCCCAUUAGUCAGUGUCAGCACCGCGUUGAGAGGCCAUGUUUGUUUCAACAAUUUCAGGAAAUAAGGUUAUCGUGGAGCUUUGUCAACCACUCGCGCGGGUCUGUUGGAUGUUGUCGAAAUCAUGUAGAAAAUGUUUCCACAUUUGAUCGAAAAAUGAGCAAUAUAGAAAGGUGUUGUCCUCCCCCCUGCUUCAGUGAUCCAAAAACCUCAGAAUUGUAGUUUUCCAAAUGAUCAGCAUUUAUAUGUAAUCAACUUUUGAAUGUAAUUCCAGAAUGUGGUACGAUCACAUACACUAGCUUUGCAAUGAUAAUGUAGUACUAGAACAUACAGGGUCCAUGUAGCCAACUCUGGAUGCACUUUGUGUGUCUGUAAAUACAACUGUACGGACUCAUUUGAAUACUUAAAAGAAGUGAUUCACUGGUCCGAGACGUAGCUUCAGUAUGAUGUUGAAUUUGACUGUUCAUAGCGAGUGUGUACACAGUGCCUUUAAGACAAAGAAAUAGAACAAGGAGUUUAAAAAACAUUUUGAGCAGCGGGCCAUUCGUUCUCCUGAUGAUCCACCAAAACACUCCUCCUUAUUAUCGCUCUUGUAACAAACAAACUGUUAAGAUUACUAAUAAUUGCUUUGGAGGAUCUGAAUCAAUGAAUGAAAAGCUUUAAUACACAGGGGAAGGUAAAGAAGCAAUGGGCUAUAUAUAACAACACAACAUUACUAUCCAGGAGAAUUAAACAUGCGAUCACAGAUGGUCAAACCACCAUUGACACCAUUGACACUCUCUACAUAAGUAACACAGAAAGUUGUUGCCGUAGUCAACCAAGAAAUCGGUGGUAAAGGGAUCAAUGAAUCAAUUAUAAAUGUAGGACAAUUCAAGUUUUAACAACAUAGGCUUCCACAUCACUUUACUGUGAAGUAUUUCUUCUGUUAAAAGAGACAAAGAACAUAAUUUAUUGCAUAGUAUUUUUGUAAGUAGAUUGUUGUUUAUUUCAAAAUAAAUGUCUACCAAUUGUCUGUUGUCUGAUGUUUAUUUUCUUUUAACACGUUCACUGCUCCCACAUGCUAGUCGGACAGUAUUGGGCCCACAUAAAAAUGGUAACUCUGUAUCUGAGACUCCUUUGAGUACGGUAAUACAUACAUUCUUGGGCAAUCACACAUCCAAAUUCUCCUCUGCGUUUUUGCGGCAGUUGAACUGAAGAGGGCAGUAUUCGACUUCUCCCUAAUAGUAUAACUCAGUCUGAAGCCUUUCUUCUAUCUCAUCUCAGUCCUUUUCUUUGGUAUUGAAGCAGGGGUUCCAACCAGCAUGUUCAUAAUUGGUAGUUUGCACUUACAAAAGCUCAUAAAUACAAUGCGCCUGUCGUUCAGACAUCUACAGUUAAACACUAAUUUAGGAGCCAACUGUAUCAUUAGCUGCUGUAACGGGACAGCUUAGAAACCCCUCCAAAUAACUUUGUUCCCCCUCACCCGCAUAUUCAUAUUGGGAAGCAUGUACAGUUGUCAGUAUCAUUCAAUAUGUUUUACUAUGCUUUUGAAAUGUGGGAUUAAUUCAAUUUCAGAUAAGCUAUCACCUUGAGAUAGUAUGAACAUUGGUCAGUCUGGUGUUUUAACUUUUUCGUAUAUGUGUACCAUCAUGUGUUUAAUGCAUGUUGGAUGCUUUGCUUGUGAAAUAAUUAAACUUUCAGGUUGUGAUACAAGAAGUACUUAACUAUCAUUCAAUCUAAU